AUCCUCAACACUUUCCUAAAAUUCCUUUUUUUUUUUUUUUGAUUUAAAAAAAGAAAAAAGGAAGAAGAAGAAGAAGAAAACCCUCUACCUCCAUUCUUACAACCUUAUUCUCUUGCAUCGACCAUGGAAACUCCCAAGAAUUCAUCUUUGAGCAGAAGUGUGAGCGGUGUUGGGGCAGAUCAUGAUGUAAUUGUAAGCGAUCAUGAGGAGAGCGGGUGGACGGCUUACCUGGAGGACUUCUCUUGCUCCAACAAUGGCAGUUUCAUCAGCAGCAGCCCUUCUUUAGUGUCUGAUGCAGCCUGGAAUGGUUCAGACACCACCAACAACAACGUCGCGAAUCAUGUCAGAAGAUUGAACUUCAAGAAUCUCAAAAAGGGCAGUAAUCACAAGAGAUAUUCGUGUCGGGACGACGACAACGACGACUUGGAAGAUACUGCCAGUUCUCCUGUUAAUAGCCCCAAGGUUAGCAGUUUGAAGGAGAUGGAGGUCAACUACAGGAGAUUAGAUGAUGUUGCUGCUGCCAAUUUUCUGGGCAAAGGAGGGAGGUGGAAUAAUAUGUCAGAGGUGGGAGGAGUUGAGGAAAAUGAAAAGGAAGCUGUGGAGAGCACAAAAAUUAUAGAGCUGAGGAAGAGGGGACUGUGUCUGGUGCCGAUGUCUGCGCUGAUGAACUACAUCGCCUGAAAUCCACUCUAAUCGUCAUCUCUCUAUUAUUA